UCUCCAUACAAGUGCCCUGCAGUGGCCCCAAGUACCCGGCGAAAACAGACAUAGUCUUUCACAAAAUGUUCUCGGUGAUAAUAUCCGUUUGUGUGAUGUGGUUACUAUGCUACAUCCUGACUGUUACCAACGUAUUCCCAGUCGAUGAAACGGCAUACGGUUAUGAUGCAAGGACGGAUCUUCGGACUGAAAUCAUGUAUGAAGCCCCGUGGUUCUCCAUUCCUUAUCCAGGAAAGUUUGGUUUACCUGUAUUUAACACGGCAAUGUUCGUGGGGAUGAUUGCCGGUGUGUUGACCUCUAUUAUCGAGUCUAUUGGGGACUAUUACACGUGUGCACGCAUAGCCGGGGCUUUGCCCCCUCCACCUUCUGCUGUCAACAGAGGUAUUCUUCUAGAAGGUAUCGAUUGCAUUCUCGCCAUUUUGGUUGGAUCUGGAUUUGGUGUGACGUCAUGCAGUCAGAAUAUCGGCGUUAUCAGUCUAACCAAGGUCGGUAGCCGCCGUGUGGUUCUCGUGGCUGGAAUAAUGCUAAUUUUCUUUGGCUGCUUCUCUAAGAUGAGCGCUUUUGUUGUUACUGUACCGGAUCCAAUUAUUGGAGCAGCAUUCAUCGUCUUAUUUGCUGUGCUAACUGCCGUUGGAGGGUCCAAUCUGCAGUAUGCUGAUCUGAACUCUCCCAGGAAUAUGAUAGUGAUGGGCAUGGCUCUUUUUGUUGGUCUUGCACUACCACCAUGGCUGACGGACAAUCAAGAUUUAUUUCUGCAACUUGAUUCCGGACUUCGACAGGUCAUCACAGCCUUGUUGGGAAACAACAUUUUCAUGGCCUGCUUUACAGCACUGAUCCUGGACAACCUUAUGCCUGGUACGGUUGAAGAACGCGGGCUGGUUGCCUGGCGACAGGUGUUUGAAGAUAGUGGAUCAGAUGUUGAUGGUACCACUAAUGCGAUGACCUUAAAGACCUAUGACCUGCCCUUUGGUAUGAGCUACAUACGGAAGUGCAAAUGGGCUUAUUAUAUCCCCUUUUCGCCCACUUUUCUCGGAAUGGACGGCUGCUGUUCUGGAAGUUCCGCGAAAAAAGACAAGAAAUCUUCAGUAUUCACUCACACGGAGCAAGAUCACAAAUAAGCAACUAUAUAUAGUGUAUUUUGCUGAUAAAUUCCCCUACCAUUAAUUCACAGUGAAUGUUUCACUGAAAUGUCUCCAAAUAGUUUAUACAUACAUAUGUUUGUGGCCGUUUCAAUAUAGUAAUAAGGAAACGUGUGGAACAAAUACGUGAGUUUCAAUUCAAUGAGUUAACUAGAGACAUCGGGACGCAAUUCAUCAUUCUAAUGUAAACAGAAAACGAAUUCAACAUACCUUUUACUAUCACAGUAAAAAGAAUAUAUAUUAAAUCUUGCAGACAUACUGUUAGUAUCCAAUGUCACCAUCAUAAUGUCAUCAUUAUUAUUUUGUCAGUGAUAUGACGUUAUUGUAACAUAUUAAUGACAUCAAAUUGGGUGACAUUAAAUCAGGCAAUAGACAUAUGUAAUUUAACGCUUAUUUGCUGCACAAGAGUGGUCUUUUUUUAAUGGAACUUGUAAUAUUUUCGCUCAGCAAUAGCACGGACUCAUCUGGAAACAUAGUACUUUGUUCAUUGAUAAUAGUAUUUAUUCAUUUGGAUUUUCAGGUUUAUUUCGUUCUUUGCAACAAAAGUUGCGUACGCAAUGUGCGUUAAACCUACAGCGGAGUAAAGUAGAACUUCAUCAUCAUGUAACCAAGAGUUCCUGCGUGAAUUAAUUUUGGAAGCUUUAUUUGUUUCCGAUCUUAUUUCUCAACCAACGGAUUAUAACCACGCACUUUAGUUUCGUCGAAUCAUUUCAUUCAAUAUCUGUAUUUUUGUAGUGUAAAAACCGUUUAUAUUGCAAAUCGUGUAAUAAAACAGACUGAUUAGGUACAGGUAUGACAAAUAUAUAUUUGUAUGAAUAUUUUAAAAAAGACAAGAGUUUCUUCGACUUCCCUAUCACUUGUUCCUCUCUUUUUUAUAUUUAACCAUCACCAGGACUUUGAAAUAUGUUUCUGAUUAUCUAUAUAUGUAUAUAUUUCGUUUCCCUGUGUGUCAGAUAGAGGUGUCCAGGGUAAGAAAGGGGUGUAGGAAAUGUCUAUCUUACAUCCCAUUUCCCGUGACGUGACGUCACAAUGGC